AUGAAAUACAUAGAAAAGGCACCUGAAAUUUUACAAAACCAAAACGCAACUACGAAAGACACAAAUGCUCUUGAAGAAUUAACUAGAUUAAUCAACAAUACUAUAUUAAACGAAGACGAAAAUUGUGAUAUUCAUAAUAAAAAAGCUUACAUAAAUAUUGCCAAUAAACGUGAUGAUUUAGCUAUUAUAAAUUAUACAAAAGUAUUAACUAUUCAAAAGAGACAAUUGUCAGAAAAUCAUCCAGAUAUUGGUCGUACACUCUUCAACAUGGGGUCACUGUUAUGCAACAUUAAAACAAUACGUCGUAAAUUACUGUUUGGGAAUCUUCGUGGCCUUGCGCUGAGAUACAGUCGUCUGGAUUCAGUCUAUGUUAUUAUGAUGAAAAGUAAAUCAGCUUUUGAAUAUUUUUUCAAUGCACAUGAUAUACAUCGUGCAUCUGGUAAACCUGAUGCACUUGAUCUUUGGAUUAUUGAAACAGCUAUUAGACAGCUACAAGCUAGCGGUUCAGCAUUUCAUCGGAGUCAUUAA